AAUGCCCUCCGUCCCUGCUCUUCAGUCUCUUAAAACUCUUUAGUUUUUCAACUGAGCGAGUCAGAUGAGGCGCAACCGCACUGGGGAAGUAGAGCAGGACUGGCGCAAAAACCCUCGCGCUUUACACUAAGCCGUGUGAUCGGUGUUUUAAAUGGUUUUAAAUGAUGGAAUAUGCAAAUUACAACAGUUGACCAGGGAUUUUAGGCUGUGAAGUGUUUAUGAGGCAUGGCUUUCGUUUUCACUUUCUUUUUUCUGUCCUGUGUGAUCAAUGUUUGGGGAAAUAAUCCGAAAUCGACAGAGACUGAUGGGAAUAUCUAUUUGGAUAACAUCACGCGUAUAUUGGAUGGAUUACUAGAUGGAUAUGACAACCGACUGCGACCUGGAUUUGGAGGUCCAGUUACUGAGGUCAAAACAGACAUCUUUGUAACCAGCUUUGGUCCAGUGUCAGAUGUUGAGAUGGAGUACACCAUGGAUGUAUUUUUCCGUCAAACGUGGAUUGACCAGAGGUUGAAAUUCGAGGGCCCCAUCGAGAUUCUGCGGCUCAACAACCUCAUGGUCAGCAAGAUCUGGACACCAGACACAUUCUUCCGGAAUGGCAAGAGGUCCAUCUCUCACAACAUGACCACUCCCAACAAGCUGUUCCGCAUCAUGCAGAACGGAACUAUCCUCUACACCAUGAGAUUGACUAUAAAUGCAGAGUGUCCCAUGCGACUGAUGAACUUCCCCAUGGACGGCCAUGCCUGUCCUCUCAAGUUUGGUAGCUAUGCCUACCCCAUGAGUGAAAUUGUGUACACAUGGAAAAAAGGACCACUGUUUUCUGUGGAAGUACCAGAGGAGUCCUCCAGCUUGCUACAGUACGAUCUAAUAGGACAGACUGUGUCCAGUGAGAGGUUAAAAUCCAACACAGGUGAAUAUGUAAUCAUGACUGUUCACUUCCACCUGCAAAGGAAGAUGGGCUUCUUCUUGAUUCAGACAUACAUCCCCUGUAUCAUGACGGUGAUCCUGGCUCAGGUCUCUUUUUGGAUCAAUAAGGAAUCGGUUCCUGCUCGAACUGUAUUUGGCAUUACCACUGUGCUAACCAUGACCACACUCAGCAUCAGCGCCCGCCACUCUUUGCCCAAGGUUUCCUACGCCACGGCCAUGGACUGGUUCAUUGCUGUAUGUUUCGCCUUCGUUUUCUCAGCCCUCAUCGAGUUUGCCGCAGUCAACUACUUCUCCACGCUGCAGGCCAACCGGGAGCUCCGCAAGGCGGCCGCCAUCAAGGCAGCCCAGGAGGCUGCAGAGGCCGGGAGGAGCGACGGGGAGUCCUCUUCGGAUGCCAGCAGUAUGCUGAAGAAGAGGAUGAACUCCACGCCUCACUUUGAGAGGCCAGCAGAGGUGUUCCCUAACCCUCCAGUGAAUGCCCAGGCCUUCCUCCAGCAAGGCUCAGCCAUGCCAUCCAACAACUUACUGACAGGCACCAGCAUCAUAGACAAGUACUCACGCAUCCUCUUCCCUCUGUCGUUCGGGGCCUUCAACCUGGUCUAUUGGAUAGUCUAUCUUACCAAGGACACCAUGGAGAUGACAAGGGACAGCGUGUGAGCCCCGUUUGGAGUGAACCCCCUCACUGAUAUCACACAGAUGCACACGGAUGCACACGGAUGCACACGUGCACGUGCGCACACACGCGCACACACACAUACACACACAAACAAACACAAGAACACUGGAUAGAUGACAGAGAAGCUUGCCAAGGUAUUUUUUUUUUAAAUGCUGCCUCUGUACAUUAUGUUUUUAGUUUUUUACUUUCAGUGUGUGAGGAUUUGAAGGGCUUUGCCAACUGUUGACCUGGGAGCUCAAGUUUCCUCAUAGCUUAUGGGCCUGGACUCUCAGUCUAUUUCAAGACAGGUACUCAAUCUCUUUCUCUCUCACACAUCCCCUCUGUGUCUUCCCCCUGAAGAGACACAAUGUGCAUUGGCACUUCUCUUUCAAGUGUAAUGCCCUUUCCCGGUCCCUGCCUGAAAUAGUGGGACUUUCCAAAAAGUAGCUGAGUGUCUGCCACAGGACUGGAGGCAGCGGAGGCACUUUGUCUGUGUAAAACAAUACACGGCCUGGCAGCGUCUAUCCUGGACAGUACUGGAACACACCUGAGGGGAGUACUGUGCACUGCCUCCACUCUGACUGACUGACUGACUCUCUCCUCCCAAUUUCAACUUUGCCAUCUCUCUCAAUUUUUCGGUUCAUUGGCCUAUUUUCACUCCUCUAAUGAAAAAUGUAUUUGGUGAAACCAAAUCGUCAAAGGGUUGUUAUUGGUUCCUCACAUACAUUUUAAUAUUCACAGUUACUCAAAAGACACACAUACAGACACACACCCAAAGACACACACAUUCACAGGGACAAUCUUGUAAGACAGUCAAAUCCAAAUAAAUGCGAGGGUCAUCGGUCUCUCCACGCAGGUCAAAGAUCAAUCACAGGGCCUGUAUUUGUUGGCAUCCAUCAACUCAAACUAAACCCUGGACGUUAACGAAUUCACAAUAUUCUCUCCUUGCUAGCUUUACUUGGCUAUGUUCGGCGUAUCUGAGAAUAAAAAUAUAGUUCCCUGGCAACAGCCCGCCUCUCAUUCAAUGGACAUAUUCUUCAAUGUCAGUGUUGUUUGUUUUAAUGUUUUCUAUUUUUGCACUUGUAUGUAAUUGCAUCUGUCAUUAUUGGACAUGAAAGGAUGAUAAAGUGGUUUGUGGUUGGCAAUUGUUCAAUAAAUGACAGCUUUACAUUUAAUUUAGAACUGAGUACUCUCACAAGCAGUUAAGCAUCAUGCCAAAUUUAUUCAUUAGCUUCUGUCUGGAUUUACAUAUAAUUAUGUACUAUUUCCAAUUAAAAGAAAGAGGUAAAUUAUUAAAUCCACAGAGUAGCGCCAUCUAAAUAUAUCCAACAUUCAUAUAUGUGUGUUUAUUGGUUAUUCAUGACUGUGUCUUUCCACUGGCUGCCUCUCUCUGCAGCACAUAUUGCAGCUUAUCAACACACUUAUCAACACCAUCAAGCAUCUGGUUCAGUUUUUUAUGAAGUCCAUUAAUAUUCCUCAAGUUGUUUCACCUUUUUACAUUUCUUUUCAUGUUCCCCCCAGAUAUUGUAGUGAUCUUUUGCUGAGGAAAAGUAGAUGGACUGCAUUCAAAUGUAACCUUCCUCUCUGCUUUUGAUGUGGAGUCUGAGGAGACAGAACAUUUAUGCUCUGACUAUACUGGCAGGCCCUGGAAGGGACUUUUUGACAGUUGUCUCUGAAUAAGACUGUCUGAACCUAAAGAAAGAGGCAGAGGAGUGACUGAUGUAUAGCCCUGACUGUUAGCCCUAUUGAGGUGGUUAUUUAGUUUAAUUAAAUGGAAAAGGAAGAUGGAGGGAUCUGUAUUGAUGACCUUAUUGAUUUUCUCCAACCUCAACCUGCCUGCUUAUGUCCAACUCACUGGUCUCUAUGGGGGACAAGCACUAGCAUGACCUGUGACCCUUCAGUGUCCUUGUUAGGGGUUUGGAGUGUUGGGGUUGUGUGUAUCAAAGAUCAUGACAUCUACCGCCCCCUCAACAUUAUAUUUCACCACAGGCAUGAGUUACAUUGAUUCUUAGCCACUAUUAUUCCCUAGUUUUUAUUCACAGGCUAAGCAAAUGUGAAGGGGGAAUAUGAAGCAGCAUUAUGGUAACACAUUGGUCUUUGUGCAUAUGUGAAUAUUUCAUGAUCAAUGUAGUUAUAGAUAUUUAUUUUUAUUUUCUGUCUUAAAAAUCCUGCUUGAUAUAUGGCUAUUAUGUUAAUUAUUUGUACUGAUCUGAAAUGUAUUGCAGCUUUUGUAUAUACAGUGUCUUGCAAAAGUAUUCAGACCCUUUGGAUUUCUUCACAUUGUAUUGUGUUACAA